AUGUCAGAAACUGAGCUGGAAAAGAUAAAAGUAAGAACAGCUGAGCAUUUCGAAAAUGAUAAAAAUAACAUUUCUUGGUUAAAGGAAGGUUUAUCCAGCUCAAUUCAAAAUCCUCUUGGAGAUCCUGAUAUGCAACGCACAAAUGAAAAGCUUGCAGACGAGAAACCCAUUAAUGCUAUCAUUAUAAAUUCAGUAUCUGAAUUCAAUAUCACAGAUGGACCAGCCAAGGAAACCCCCAGUGAGAAAAAACUGUCAGAAUCCAGCACAUCACUGUCCUCCCUUGAAGAAUGCCAAACGAAAUUUUCCUACCUCCAAACUGAUACUUCAGUUCAUCAGAGAGACACUGAUGAGGAAUGUGCCUCCCUUAUCCUCACCUGUCUGUUUUGCCAGUUUUGGGACUGUCUCCUGAUGCUCCCGGAUACGUGCGAAACGGUGUGUACCAACCUGUGCUGCCCCUCUCACAGGUAUCACCACACCUCGGAUGAAAGCCACUCUCGGAACGAUUGCAGUUGCAACUGUGACGUGGACUGCAGCCUGUUUGAGUCUUGCCACGAGACCAGUGAGUGUCUGGAGCUAGCUAUGGAGAUUUCAGAAAUCUGUUACCGCUAG